AUGAGGAUGGCGUCUGCGGGCUGUGUGGAGGAAUGAGACGGCUGACCGCUGACUGUUUCCCCGGUGAACCCGCACCGUCUGCGGCCUCAGGUUUCUCAGCGGAGCGGAGCUGCAGGUGUUUCUGAGCUAUGAGUGACGUGUCUGUGUCGGCGCUGACACCGCAGCAGGAGGGUGAACCGGCCAACUAGCCGGCUGGAUGCUAACGUUAGCUUGUGGGCCUGAGCUGAGUGCAGCUGACUGGUGAACAGGAGGGCUGACUGUCGCUGUGACAACAGUAACUACAAUAACACAAACACUCGGAGCGUCAUGUUGUCUCCUCCUGGUGUCCUAGCUGUUGGACGAUGCUGUGUUUUUCCACUGGGUGGCGCCUCUUGAGCCGAGCUCCACGCCGCCCUCCCUGCCCCCACUGCCCCAUUGCUUGCUCUGUUGCCAUGUACGCCACCCGCCUCUACAGUACUGCAGGAGGAGGAGGCAGUGGUGGAGGUGGUGGGGUCAAACAGGGACGGAGGGCGGGGCUCGCCAUGCUCGAGGCGCCCCACCACCCUCAGCCAGCCCCACCUACCCCCACCUACCCCUUGUACCAGGGCCGCCCUGACACCCAUCGAGGAGCACACUACCACCACCACUACCACCCACACCCCCACCCUCACCCCCACCCCCACCCCCACCCACAGCCCACCCACCUGGCCCCUCCGCCGCUUCCCCCACACUACCAGCACCACUCCCACUUUCACGUGUAUGGCGGUGGGACAGCAACCGGAGGGGCAUCUGCUGCCAACAGCAAAAAGAAGACGUGGAACUUCAUCCACGAGAAGAUGAGCUACGACACAUUCUUCACUAUGAAGCGGCUGAUAGAGCGCUCACGACGUCCUGACGAGGUGCUGCGCUGGGUAACCCAGAACCCUGCCAAGAUCUCCCACAACCACUACCCCGUCGCCCUGCAGAAGAUCGGGCAGCUGCUACAGGCCACGUGCCCACCACGAGGAGGAGGGGGAGACACGGACACGGACCCUGUGGGAGGAGGAGGAGGAGGAGCUGCUGCUGCUGCUGCUGCAGCAGCAGAGGGCGGAGACGCACGUCAGAUUCUGGAGCAUCAAGACUUUCAGACACUCUGUAACGCCAUUGUCAACGACUGCGCCAAGUUUGACAACUUCAGCAUUGUCAACUGCCUGUAUGCCGUGGCUGCGCUUGGUCUUGCCAGUGACUCUCAGGUGGUACAGGUGCUAGAGGCAGAGUCUCAGUCCAGACUGAACCAGUUUAACCAGAAGGAUGUGUCCAUGGUGUUCAGCUCCAGCAUGAAGCUCCACCCGGGCAGUCAACACCCUUUGACCGAGGCCUGCCUGGCGGGCCUGGAGAAGAACCUGGAGAGAGAGCGCCACCCUCAGACACUCUUCCUGCUUCUGUCAUACUACAGACUGAAGUGGCGCUCACUGCAGCCACUGGAAGCUGGUGCAGCUGCAGGGGGCACUAAUGCCGCCACCACCAACAGUAACAAUACACCUUCAAAUCCUGAACAGCUGCUCGCCAACAGGAAGAUCCUUCGUCUGGUCAAACACACCCUGGCGAGUGUCAGUGGUGUUCGUGACCAGGAGAUGGCGCUGCUGGAUGAGAUGUUGGCAGCGUGUGCUCGAGAGGCAAGCAACAAGAGUCUGGAGCUGAUCUUCAGUUCUCACCUGUUCUACCAGAACAGACAGGAGAGGUUCAUCAGCAGCCUGGCAGAGGAGCUGCCAAAGAAAGUAGACAGCAUCACUCCGUACACGAUGGCUCUUAUCGCCAAGUACAUCGCUCGCCAUCGCCUCAGAGAGACACGGCUGCUUGACACCAUUGCAGACUUCCUGGUGAAGAAGGCUGAGUACCUGGACAGUAAGGUGAUCCAGAAGCUGGUGUUUCCGUUCAGCAGGAUGAGCUACCGUCCCUCCAACGAGCAGCAGUUCUUCUCUCGGUUGGAGGAGGUGGUGGAGCUGAAAGCACUCAGUUCGCCACUCGCCACUGUCAACAUCCUCAUGUCUCUGUUCCAGCUGGGACAUUUCCCUGGGCUGGUGCUGCACCGUGUCUUCUCCUCCGCCUUCAUCAGUAACGUUACCAACAGUCCGUAUGCUCUCAUCGUCCGGCGGUACCUUUCUCUUCUCGAUGCUGCGGUGGAACUUGAGUACCGCGACUACACCGGACCAAGACUGCAAGACGCCCACAAGGUCCUGAUGUUUGACCACGCCUUGACUGCUGAUGAGGUCAAUCGCAAGUACAGUUAUAAAGGUCUGGUGGCCGAGGCUCUAAGACAGCUGGUUGGAGAGCAGAACUACAAACAGGACGAAGUACUGCCCCCAGGGUACUACACAGACUUUGUGCUGUGGAUGGACAGUUCUGGUCGGGUUCUUCCCAUCAGGACCGGGUCUGGUCUGGCUUUAAGCAUCGUUCCUCCCUCCUGCGUUGCUGUUGCAACCAAGCCAGCUGAUGCCGCGGUUACCGUGGUGACCUCAGAGUUCCAGAAGUUCUCCCCAUUUGUGGCCCUGGAGGAGGGGGCAGAGCAGCCAUGUCAGGUGGGUGAGGCCAUGGGGGGGUCCAUGGAGCCCCGGUCCUUCCUGCCACAUCACAUCCGCAGCACGAUGGUGGCCACGGCGGCCUCUGGGCCCCCGCGUGCCGGGACUAACGGCAGCCCCUUGGACUACGGCCCGUACUACGUCCCUGCGGCAGAAUACUACUCCAGUCUGGCCAAAGAGCACUCUCUGGAGAGCCAGGACAGCUCCACACUCAGCAGCCCCCCCUCUGAUGGCCUGGCCCAGCCAGGGGCCCCUGGGCCUACAGGGCCUGCCGCCUCAGACUCACUUUUCCAGUUCUCCAUCAGGAAGAUCCUGGAGGACGAGGGGGGUGCAGGGGGCCAGGGGACGGACUGUGAGCUUCCUGGGUUCUACGAAGACGUGACAUAUUCUGAGGGGGGCGGGGCAGACAGGGGGGCAGCGUCACCUCCGCAGCUUCAUCCCCCGAACAGACCCGAUACAGAGAGCCCCCCUACAGACCAGAGGAAGAUCAGGAGGGUUAUCAUGUCCGUCAAUGAUAAGUGGCACUACUGCCACAACUGUGAGGUUCUGGUCGGUUCCAGAGCCAUGAGGGACCGGCACCUGAGGCUGCUGGGAUACGUCAUCUUGCAGCUGCCGUACCACGAGCUGGAGAAGCUGAACGGCAUCGAGGAGGUGAAGCAGUACCUGCACAAGAAGCUGCUGGACGUCCCGCUAUGACGCUCUGUGUGUGUGUGUGUGUGUGUGUGUGUGUGUGUGUGUGUGUGUGUGUGUGUGUGUGUGUGUGUGUCCUGGUUCUGGGGUUGGAUUGAGGUCAGAGGUCAAACAUGAGUGAGGAAAAGAGCGACGACUUCCUCACUUAACUUCUUGUUUAUUCAGAUCACUGCUGCAGCGACCAGUUAUUUAAUCACUGAAUCAGUUAAUUUAUCAGCUAAUCAAUAUCUCGUUGGCAGCCAGUUUGAAAACAAGACAACACUUUUUAUGAACACUUUUAUAAAGCAGUGAGUGAGCAGUUUAUCAUCAACUGAUGAAGGAUUCUCAUGAAGUGUAGCUGCAGCUGUAAACAUUGAGGAGGUUGACUCAGACGCAUCAGCUUUUAAAGGACAUGUCCGCUGAUUUCUGCCCGUUUUCCAAUCAGAUCAAUGCGUUUCAGAUUGAUCUCUCUUCUGUUCAUUUCUACAAACCUGCUGCAGAGAAAUACAUCCAGACUCACUUAGCAGAACUCCACCAGUCAACAACCAAACCUGUUCAGUUUUCACUGUAUUUAAAGAAAAAUUAUUCAUAAAUUCUCAAAUUCUUCCAUUGUGUGUUGUUCAGGUACUUUCAGAAAAUUAGAGCGCUGUGCAAAAUUAAAAUCAUAAACACAAAUAAUCGUUAAACAUGUACAUUGAAAGUUCCCCAUGUUAAAAAUGUCCUUGAACGCACCAUCAGGUGUGACAGUGGUUUGUAUAGGAACAUGGUCGCCAGAGGGAAACUAGCUGGUCCUUUAAUGUGUCAUCAUGUUGCUUUGAUGUGAUUGGUCGCUGUGUGGAUGAACAAACAUAUCUUUUUAUAAUGUUUGGUAACAACGAUGAUGAUGAUGAUGAUGCAUGUGUGGACUUUGUUCUUUUGGGCGUCACUGUUUUAUAAAACCAGAUGAUGGAGUUAGUUUUUCUGUGGAGAGAACGGGGGCUGUUGGGUACUGUAGUUCUGAGUGAAAGGAAAGUUGCCACGGUAACGUGGUGUGUGUGCCAAAGGCCUGGAGGACAACAAAGUGUGGGGGAUAAAUGUUGGGGUCAAAGGUCAGAUUAUUUAUUUGUGUAUCGGUGACGGACGGACUGAGAAGCUUGUUUAUAUAAAUCUAUUCAUUCAAAUGUCUAUAAAACUGAAACCAAACUCCA